AACAACGACUUGUCCGCACGGCGCAGCAACCUGCAGGCACCGGCAUCUGCUUCUCAUCCUCACAAGACUCGUGAAUCAAGCCCAACCUUCGCUCAUUCUUCUCUCUCGCUCUCGCUACACCAUGUCGUUUGAUCGCUUGAAUUCGCUCGAGGCUCAGCCUACAACAUACCGUCGCUCAGACGACCCGCAGUACCAUGACGAUCCCGAGUUCCAGCGUCUCACCGAGUCGCUCUCCAAUCAGCUAUUCACGCUGACGUCUAACAUCACCCGCUUGUCAGACCAAAUAGCUCUUCUCGGGACAAAGCGAGACACUGAGCGAGUGCGCGAGCGAGUGCACAAUCUCCUCGAACAGACUCGCACUGGGUUUAGAGAGGUUGGGGAAGGAAUCAAGAAAGUACAGAACUGGGAGGACGUGAAUCCUUCUCAGAAGUGGACGCAGCAGAAGCUCUCAACGGAAUUCCAGGCCACCUUGAAGGAGUUCCAGACCGUUCAGCGCCGGGCUCUGGAGAAGCAACGUGCCUCAGCAGUCGCUGCACGAACUGCUGUGGAAGAAGCGGAACAUCCGACAGAAGGCGGCGUUUCGCUGGAGCAGCAGCAAUUACUUGAGGAGCAGCCGCGCCUAGCAAACCAAGAUGAAGUCGAUUUCCAGGAGGCACUGAUAAUUGAGCGCGAGACAGAGAUCCGAAGCAUCGAACAAAGUGUCGGUGAACUGAACGAACUGUUCCGAGAUGUCGCCCAUAUUGUCCACGAGCAAGGCGGGCAACUAGAUCUUAUCAGUGAGAACGUUGAUCGAGUUCAUAAUGACACACAAGGCGCAAAUGUUGAACUCCGCAGCGCCAGCCGGUACCAGAAGAAUGCGCGAAACAAAGCUUGUUGCUUGCUCGUUAUCCUUGCUGUCAUCCUAGCCAUCAUUAUCCUGGCAGCUGUUCUUGGUUAAAAACCCAACAUACCCGACGCCCGGCAUUUCAAUCAACACUGCCUGCCGUUACUGUCUUUCCUUUGUCCUUUUGUUCAUGAUAUCCUACCCUGUACAGUUGAUGUAUAGUGAUGAUUUGUCCUGCUAUGAGCAGUGAGGUGGUUUCUUGACGAAUGUUCCAUGACCUCAGGCGUAUGGAGUGGAUGUUUACUUCGCAUUCUUAUGCUGUCUUUGCGCGCCUUGAUAUCAUACACAGCCUCGUGUUGUUAUACAUAUAAUACAAGAUGACCCCAAAUCAAUGCCCAAACUCCGUGUACUUCUAAAAUCAUGAGAAAGAGAAGGAUUGAACAAGUUAGUGGUGGAAGAGUCCAACAUCAGAUACCACUGAAGCGUCUAAACCGCAUAAUGCAGCCUUCCAAAGAGUUCAGUUUCGGCCGCACGUCGAGAUAGAAGCUAAGUUUUCCUGGUCCAGAAUUGGCAGCGAGGCCGCUACCAUUAUUUCCACCCGUUGACUUGCCUUGGUAAAAGUCAAUCACGUACUCGAUGCGCUCCCCGCCGCAUCGCUCGACCACCCAAUCAUGUCGAUCAAAAGGAAGCUGGUAGCCCAUUAGACUAUUGAUACGUGCCCGAGGACUGAGAAACUCCGACUCCGCGCCCAGGCCACGGAACGAAUACAGUUUCGGCCCGCCGCACUUCUUGCUCCCAGGGUCUGAGCUGGGCGCUUGCUUCUCCCAUUCCAGGAUCUGCUGCCACGCGCGUUCAUUCACGGCAUUGUGGAUAGGUAUGAUUGAUGCUACCGAGGUCGCUAGCUCCGAGGCCGAAGUCACCGAGCCGGGUGUGUUGCCCUUGCGCAUGAGUGCUUCAAAGAACUGUCGCUCAGAUGGAUAUAUCCAAUUGCCUGUUGACUUAUCGUGACCAGUUUCAGAUUCGGCGUUGGAAGGGGUGCCGUGCGAUGCAGCGGGCGAUGAUGAGUAUGGAGAAGAGGGUACGGCGGGACAUUCGGAAGGGUCUUUCGAUUCAGAAUCGAGGGCUCGCGGUAUGCUGCUUACUUCGCGGUCUGUGGAGAGUGGCCGCUGCAGUUUGGCUCCUGCUUUCUCUUCGUCUGAGGGGAGCGGAUGCGGUGCGCCCCCAUUGGCGCCUUUAUGUUGUUGUAGCCAUGCUUCUCGGGUUUUAUGGUCAACAGGGCAUGUGGCAGCCGGGGCUGAGCUGGAAGGGGGAGAGGUUGGGGUGCUUGCGCCGGCGCCCAUUGGAAUGGAGACUGAGUGGAAGAAGCGGAAAGCGAAGGAAUAAAACCGGCGAUGAGAAAUGCACUUGAAUACUUGAGAAUUAUGAUGCUUGGUAAUGCGAAAAAGAAGCAAAAACACCGAGUCGGAAAUUCUGGUUCGCCUGACCGCCCUCGAACCCCGAU